GCUUAUGUUGCUGUAGUGUUUUGGGCCUACCUGCUAAUUUCUCAGUUAUGGGCACAAAGAUUAUGUCCCCCCACUGGACUUUCUGAUGAGGAGGACAUCUCACAAGACAAAGAUGCUUCAUACUAUCAAUCCUGCAUAAAUUAUAAAAUAAAAAAUAUCCAUAAUGAGCAGAUGGAGAUCUUGUGGAAUCCUACAGAAAUGUUUCCUGGCAGGAACGUUACAGUGUUUUAUAGGUUUGAAGAGCAGAACUGGAAGCAGUGCAUCCAAUAUAUUCAUGAACAUGGAUACAAUAUCGGUUGUGUUUUUCAACCUGAAGGACGUGAAUUUGAUAUUUCCAUCAGAGAUACAAAUGGGGUACAAGAACUUUACACAGAUUUAAAACUAGAGAGCAUAAAAUUCUUGAAGCCCAAACCUCCUGUAAAUGUAACCUUCCAUUGGAAACAUGACAAAGUGAUCAUAGAAUAUAAGCCACCCUUCUCUCCACAUUGUUAUAUAUUGGAACAUCAAUACAAAAGUGAAUUUGAUGAAGAUUGGUCUAGGAAAAAUGAAAGCUGCAAGUUUGAAAGACAAGGUUUUGAUCCAGAGAAGUGCUACUCCUUCCAGUUUAGACUGAGAUUCAGAUGCAGUGGGUAUUCUUAUCCAAGUGAAUGGGGACCAAAAACACAUUGGAAAAAUGGCAGUUCUGUAGAGUCCUGUGAAGCUGAUGACUUCAACCCAGAAUCAAAUAUUGUUCUCCAGGCAACUUGGGUGAUGGCUGGCCUUCUAAUCAUGACAGCCAUUCUGCUUUAUGUUUGCAGGCUGAAAAAAAUUAGAAAGACACUAAUGCCUGCUAUACCAGACCCUCAAAAUAAAUAUUCUGAUUUGUUCAGUGAUCACAAUGGAAACUUCCAGGACUGGAUUAUUAAAACUGAGAAUGUGCUGCCUGAAACACAGGUGGAAUGUAUAGAAAAAGAAUGUGUAGUUGAAGAGGAAAAAGAGGAAGAUCUCCCACAAGCUAAAGUGGAAGCAAAGUGUUCUGGUGUUAAGAAACUGGAAGUGUAAUUUGUAUCAUGGUGCCCAAUACAUGGUAGAAUGUGUCUCACAAUCACUGCCUGGAGCAACAAGAGAACGUGGACUCAACUGCAACCACUUCGGUUUUGUUCCUAUAGUUUCCUCUGCAUAUACUGUUUGCCAUUCCAUUUUAUGAAUUUUAUGCCUAGAAGAUUCUGAAUGUUAAAUUAUAUGGCCAAAUAGCCAUAAGGAUUGCAACUGUCAUAAGCACAAUUAUAAUUGCAGUUGUCAUAAAUGAUAUUUUUCUAAUCAUUUUAUGUUUUCAUCUUAACUGCUUUUAAAUAUUCAUAUGCUACAUGUAAUUUUAUAAAUACGACUCACAAACCAGAGGCGUUUAGGGGAUUCCCUACUUUCCCCAUGUAUGCAGUUCCCCAGAAGUACUGUUAUUUGUAAAAAAAAUGCUCACUAUGACUCACCUAGAUUGUAUGCACAUUGCUUUGGAAGUUUAGCGGAUGUCUUCUGGCUCUGGAAAUACAAAUAAUAAUUUAG